AUGUACAUACCUUUUCUAGUCACAAAGAAGCGAUCGCAACGAUCCCCUCCCACCGUCUUCACAUGCCUCUUCUGCAACCACGAACGAUCCGUCAUCGUCAAGCUCGACAAGAAGGCCGGCGUCGGCUACCUCGACUGCAAGAUCUGCGGCCAAAAGUUCCAGUGCCCUGUCAACUACCUCGAUGCUGCGGUAGAUGUCUAUAGUGCUUGGGUAGAUGCUGCAGACGCCGUUGCCCAAGAAGCCGAGGCAAGCGCAAAAGCGGCAUCCUAUGCCCGGAGGGAGUCGACGGGCGGACGGCCAGUGGCAUCAAGCCGAAGAGCUGCCGAUAUCGACGAAGAUGACGAGGAUGACGAUAGAGGCUAUGGCGCGGGAUCCGGUGUCGAUGUUGAUGACGAUGAGUACGACUAA